GGUUCUCCAGGACUACCAGGCUUCACUGGUCCCAAAGGUGUAAGGGGAACAACUGGAUUACCAGGAUAUUCAGGUCCUCCUGGGCUUCCAGGCACCCCGGGUCGCCCCGGACCUUAUGGCCUUGCUGGUUUACCAGGAUGCAACGGUUCUAAGGGUGAGCAAGGGUUUCCAGGACUUCCGGGGACACCAGGCUACCCAGGGGUCCCGGGUGCUCCUGGUUUGAAAGGAGAAAAGGGUGCUCCCGCUGAAGGAGAAGGUAUAGAUCUUGAUGGAAAAGGUGACCCUGGGUUGCCAGGAACUCCAGGAUUCCAGGGUUUGCCAGGCCUCCCAGGAUUUCCCGGACCUGCGGGCCCAGCCGGCCCUCCAGGAUUCUUUGGCUUUCCAGGAGCAAUGGGGCCUCCAGGACUUAAGGGUCACAUGGGUGAUAACAUGGUCGGACAGAAAGGAGAACGGGGUCUGAAAGGGCUAACAGGGCCCCCUGGACCACCAGGAACAGUUGUCGUGACGCUAACUGGCCCGGAUAGCAGAAUGGACCUCAAGGGCGAGAAGGGUGACAAGGGAGCCAUGGGCAGACCAGGACCUCCUGGACCCUCAGGACCACCUGGAGAAUCUUACGGAUCAGAAAAAGGUGCUUCUGGAGAACCUGGCCCACAGGGAAAACCUGGAAAAGAUGGUGCUCCUGGUUUUCCUGGUACUGAGGGAGCCAAAGGCAGCAGGGGCUCCCCCGGGUUAACUGGUGAGGAUGGCAUGAAGGGGUGGAAAGGGGACAUCGGCCCUCCAGGAUUUCGUGGUCCAACAGAAUAUUAUGAUGCAUACCAGGAGAAGGGAGAUAAGGGCAUUCCAGGCCCCCCAGGGCCCAAAGGAGCUCGUGGCCCCCCGGGUCCUACGGGCCCUCCCGGAGUUCCUGGAAGACCUGGGUCAUCAAAGGCUGGCCUGAGAGGAGCUCCUGGACCACCAGGCGUGAAAGGGAGUAAAGGAGAGCAAGGACCCCCAGGAAAGAACACAGCGGGGUCUCCCGGGUCCCCAGGUUGUCCUGGUCCUCCAGGCCCUCCAGGACCGCCGGGAUCUCCAGGACCGCCAGGUGGCAUCAUUUUUCGCAAAGGUGUACCUGGAGACCCUGGCCUUCCGGGCCAGGUGGGGCCUCCAGGAAUCCCAGGAGUGGAUGGGCACAAAGGGGAGCCAGGCCUCGUGUGCACCGAUUGUCCUUGUGUCCCAGGGCCUCCGGGCCUCCCAGGAUUGCCGGGGCGGCAUGGCCUGAAGGGAAUCCCAGGGGGACGAGGGAAACCUGGCAUUAAAGGAAGCCCGGGGUCUCCAGGAUGUGCUGGUUUUCCAGGAUCUCCAGGAUUCCCAGGUGGUCCCGGUCAUCCAGGACUUAAAGGAGAAAAAGGUGAAACACCUCAGCCAGAGGGACAAGCAGGUGCCCCUGGGGACCCAGGGCCCAGAGGACAGCCUGGAAGAAAGGGCUUGGAUGGAAUUCCUGGAACUCCUGGACGAAAAGGGUUCCCAGGACCUAAAGGUGAACUGGCCCUCAUUGGUGAGAAGGGGGACCGGGGUUAUCCGGGGGAUCCUGGCAGCCCUGGAUCCCCAGGACCUGCAGGACCAGCUGGACCACCAGGCUAUGGACCGCAGGGAGAGCCCGGUCCGAAGGGUGACCAAGGCGUUCCUGGAGUCCCUGGAGCCCCUGGAAAAGCCGGUCCUCCGGGAGAACCCAGUAUUUCGACACCAAUCCCAGGGCCCCCAGGUCCUCCAGGGCACCCAGGCCGUCCUGGCCCCCGAGGUCCACCUGGUUGUCCUGGACUCAAAGGAAAAUGCGAUCACCCAGGUAUUCCUGGGCCUGAUGGUGAACCAGGAAUUCCAGGAAUUGGAUUCCCUGGGCCUCCUGGACCUAAAGGAGACCGAGGUUUUCCAGGAACAAAAGGAUCACCGGGUCAUCCUGGAGAAAUUGGAAAGCCAGGCUUACCUGGAAAGCCAGGUGUCCCAGGAGCCAAGGGAGAACCAGGAAUAGCCAUGCCUGGAGAACCAGGAACACCAGGUUUUCCAGGAGAAAGAGGCAAUUCUGGGGAAAAUGGAGAAGUUGGACUCCCUGGAUCUCCCGGUCUCCCUGGAAUUCCAGGAACUGGAGGGCUUGAUGGACCACAAGGGGAUCCAGGGCAGCCUGGACCACCUGGAGAAAAAGGACCCCCGGGAAGGUGCACAGUGGGUCCCAAGGGAGCCCAAGGACUUCCAGGCUUAAACGGAUUGAAAGGGCAGCAAGGCAGAAGAGGUGAAACAGGGCUCAAGGGAGACCCAGGUAUCCCGGGCUUGGAUAGGUCAGGAUUUCCAGGAGAACCUGGACCACCAGGAAAACCAGGUCAUCGAGGUGACAUGGGACCGCCUGGUCAAAAAGGAUAUCCAGGAAAUCCAGGAUUUUUAGGGCCACCAGGUGAAAAAGGAAAAGCUGGGAUGAUGGGCUUCCCCGGAAACAUUGGUCUUCCGGGGCCUCCCGGGAACCCAGGCACGCUGGGCCAGAAAGGUAGCUUUGGAAUUCCAGGAGCAAAGGGUGAGAGAGGACUCCCAGGAGCCAAAGGGGACGAAGGAGCUAAAGGAAUUCCCGGGCCUUCUCAAACAUUCCACAUCCCGGGGGACAAAGGAGAACCAGGCCGCAAAGGAUUUGCAGGAAAGCCGGGUGAGAAAGGAGAUAGAGGCAUUCCAGGGUUACCUGGUUUAAAAGGACACGAAGGGUCACCUGGACCACCGGGACCACCAGGCCCCAGAGGAGAUCCAGGCAGCACUGGGCAUCCUGGAGAACCAGGACCACAUGGCAUGCCGGGAAGCAUGGGGAGCAUGGGGGUGCCAGGUUCUAAAGGAAGCAAGGGAACUGUGGGACUCCCAGGUCUACGUGGAAGGCCAGGCCUCCCAGGACUUCACGGUCUCCAAGGAGAUAAGGGAGAGCCAGGUUAUUCUGAAGGUACAAGACCAGGACCACCAGGACCAAAGGGAGAACCAGGAUUGCCAGGUGAUGUGGGGCGGAAAGGAGAAAGAGGGUCCCCUGGCCCACCUGGACACCCCGGGCCUGCUGGACCUGACGGAGCCCCUGGACAUCCCGGAAGUCCCGGCCACCCAGGAAGACCGGGUCCGGAUGGUGAUUUGGGGUCUAAAGGAAUCAAAGGCUUCCCGGGCUUUCCAGGAACAAAAGGCCCUCCAGGUCCUCCAGGAUUCCCAGGAAAUCCUGGACCGAUGGGUAUGAGAGGUCACCAAGGGUGUGAUGGAAUUCCCGGACCACCAGGAGAAAAGGGAGAACCGGGUUUGCUGGGGGCACUUCCAGGCCCAAAAGGGAAACCUGGCGCUCGAGGAGCCAAAGGAGACAGGGGACCCCCAGGCUUGCCUGGCCUCCCCGGCAGGAAAGGGACAGUGGGAGAUGUUGGGCCAAGAGGACCCACUGGUGUGGCAGGACCCCCAGGGCCACCAGGUUACCCUGGUGCAAUCAUCUCUGGCCAGAAAGGAAACCGGGGUCCACCAGGUCCAAGAGGAAACCCAGGUGAGCCUGGUCCCCCUGGACCUCCAGGAGGUCACGUAAAAGGCAUAAAAGGAGACAAGGGAUUUAAGGGCAGCCGUGGCCCAAGAGGUCCACCUGGAACUGUAGGAGACCCGGGGCCACCAGGCCAUAUGGGAGCAUCAGGUCUGCCAGGUCCGCCAGGGUCCAGAGGUGAUCCCGGAUUCCAAGGAUUUCCAGGCAUAAAAGGAGAGAAGGGUAAUCCAGGAUUUGUAGGAUCAAUUGGACCUCCAGGGCGAAUUGGACCAAAAGGACCUCCAGGUGCACGUGGAGACCCUGGCACCAUUAAGGUCAUCUCCCUUCCAGGAAGCCCAGGGCCACCGGGCCCAGCUGGAAAACCGGGGAUGCAAGGAGACCCUGGGCCACCGGGGCCACCGGGACACCUAGGACCCUGUGGGCCAAGAGGUAAACCAGGCAAGGAUGGAAAACCAGGAACUCCUGGACCACCUGGAGAAAAAGGCAACAAAGGUUGUAAAGGAGAGCUAGGACCACCUGGAUUCGAUGGCCCGCCAGGUUUGAAGGGGAAACCUGGAGACAUCGGACCUCCUGCAGCCAGGAUAAUGAUGAGAGGCUUCCUUUUCACCCGGCACAGUCAGACCACAGCGGUUCCCUCCUGUCCGGAAGGGACAGAGCCGCUCUACAGUGGGUUUUCUCUUCUUUUUGUACAAGGAAAUGAACGCGCCCAUGGACAAGACCUGGGAACUCUUGGAAGCUGCCUACAGCGAUUUACCACAAUGCCAUUCUUAUUCUGUAACAUCAAUGAUGUAUGUAAUUUCGCAUCUCGAAACGAUUAUUCAUACUGGCUGUCAACACCAGCUCUAAUGCCAAUGGACAUGGCUCCAAUUACUGGCAGGGCCCUGGAGCCUUAUAUUAGCAGGUGCACUGUCUGUGAAGGUCCUGCGAUUGCCAUAGCUGUUCACAGCCAAUCCACUGACAUCCCCUCAUGUCCUCAUGGCUGGAUUUCUCUUUGGAAAGGAUUUUCUUUCAUCAUGUUUACAAGUGCAGGUUCUGAGGGUGCUGGCCAAGCUCUCGCGUCUCCUGGAUCCUGCCUGGAAGAAUUCCGAGCCAGUCCAUUCAUAGAAUGUCAUGGAAGAGGAACAUGCAACUACUAUUCAAAUUCCUACAGUUUCUGGUUGGCUUCAUUAAACCCAGAAAGAAUGUUCAGAAAACCUACUCCUUCAACUGUGAAAGCUGGAGAGUUAGAAAACAUAAUAAGUCGCUGUCAGGUGUGCAUGAAGAGAAGGCAUUGAAGAAAUCAAAGAAAAUGGAACUGUUAUUUUUCAUCCUGCAUAACCAAG